CUUCUGUUGAUCACAGCACGCAGGUCUAGAGAAGCAGCGGUGAGCAUUGGCUGGCCGCAGAACAGAGAUGUGAGGAAAUAUUUUUUUUGCCUUUCCACCAAACCGGGACAAUAUCCAACCAGGAUGAUGAAUAGCCUGAGAUUUUCCUCUGCACUCAGUGCCUUCUCACAUGACUAAUAUAACUAGCAUGGCACCCAUCAUGGAGGGCACACACACCAUCUUGCUUCUCUAUGAACCCAUCUAUGAGCUAAGCAACGUCAGUCUCUACUUUCCCAAGAGGCGGGCCCCCAUCUUUAAAUACAAGAGCCGCACCUCUCAUUCAGCAAGCAGCAGUAAUGACCAUGACUGGGGAAAGCAGAAUCUGGCUGUGUCCAAACAAAGAGGCCAGUCUUCUGACUCCUCAGGGAAACUUUUCAACUCCCAGCAGGCAACAAAAGAAGCAGUCGCCGAGCUCUGCUGGCUGGCGGCUGAGCACCACCAGUUGCUGGUGGAUCUGUUAUCCCUGUGUCGGGAUUGUGCUAGCAAAGUCAAGAUGGGCAACCAGGAUAUGAAAUUCCAGGAGUGCGAGGAAGAUCAGGAAGUUCACCUUGGAGGUCGGGUUCUUAGCGACAGCAACUGCCCAAUGUCUGAGAGUAAGAAGGGUGCAGCUAAGAGCAAAAAGGUGAAGAGGCUGGGAGGCAAGAAGCUCGACAAGCCAGAGGAUUUACAACACACUAAGAUGAAAAAGAAAGCUACAAAAGGACAAUCACAUGUGGAGCUUCCAACAGACUACAAAGUAUCCACAUCUGCAGUUUUACAAGCAGAGCAAACCCCAAAGGUAAAAGCUUCUGACUAUGUGUCUGACAGCACCCCAAGCAGCUCUAAGGUUAGAGAAGUCAGUAAACUCAUCGUUACAGUGGAGGAACCUUUCCGGACUACUCAAGAAAACUGGGACUUCGUGGAGGACAACCAGAACUUUGACCCCGUCAUGGAUUUCUGUAACGACUUCUCAGAAUGUGACGGUGAACUUGGCUACGCAUCAUCCUCUUGUAGCCUGAUAGAGGGCCUGAACAGACGACAGAGUGGGGGCAACCUCCGUCCCAUUACAAGGUUUGAUUCUGCAGUGGAGACGUUAGCUGCAAACAGAUUAACUGUCAACAAAUCUGCUCAGCAUCAGCUGGACAGUGAUAUGAACCUAAGAAACGCAGGCAUCAGGGUAGUUGCAAAAUUACAGGACGUGGAAGGUAAAGUUCACCAUGUCAGCCGCACAAAUGCUAACGGAGAUUUGCAACAUCCAGGGUCCAGUGGGAGUAAACAGGAGAUUGGAGAGUGGGGGACGAAAAAUGGAGACUACCGGCUUGAAGUGGGUAAACAAAAUGGUAAACUUCCUGAGGGGUUACGACUGCCCCUUUCCCACACUGCAGAGCCCUUAGCACCAGUCAGAUCCAAAUCAAAGAGCCCCUCUUCACCUUUCCUCGCUGGAGUCUUCAACACAUCUUUCCCGGCCUCCAACAACCUCCAAAGCAUGUCUCCUGUGCUGUCCCCCUUGUCUUCCAAGCAGCUGAGUCCACAGCUUAACCACCGCAUCGUCCUACUUUCAGAUAAGGAUGAAGACUCCUAUCGAGACAACUCCAGCAACACCGAUGAACCCAAAAGCUUUACUGAAGUCAUCGAUAGGAAUGGCAAUAAGCGCACUGUCACCCAUCUGGACCUGGACCUCAACAGGCGGCCAAGCAUCUCCAAGCGGAACUCCUCCAGCAACUCCACAACAACAGUAGAAGAUUCCCUCCUGCGACAGGAUGAUAUUUGGAUGCUGGAUGGCGAUGACCCCCCGGAGGUUCACCCCUGCGUGCCUCGCCCCAACCACCUGGAAUUCCUUCGCAUCACGCCGCCAGAGGAUGACCUCAUCGGGGACACGCCCUACUACCCCAAGCUGGAGUGCACGACAGAAGUCUCUCCCACAGACAGCGAGGACCGGACUCCAGGUCGUCUGCAAGCUGUGUGGCCUCCGCCCAAACCUAAAGAUGAGGAGGAGAAGGUUGGGCUGAAGUACACAGAGGCAGAGCACCAGGCUGCUCUCUUGCAGCUGAAAAGAGAGUGCAAGGAGGAUCUGGAGAGGAUGCAUGCCGACUUUGAGCUUAAAAUCUUCCAACUUCGAGGUGAGCAUGCUGUCUCGAUAUCACAGCUGGAGGGAGCCCUUGCUAAGCUGCGGAAGGAAAAGGUGCACACUGCAGGCCAGGAUUAUAGUCCUGUCUGCGAUGUGGCUGUAUCCACCUCAGAAGAUUUGACUCCUAAGACAAGUCGCACUGUGGGGAUCCAGACUGACAGGGAGACCUUCAUUAAGAGCCCAGAGGGGGAUGGAGGAGGGUCCGCUCAAAGCCCCAACCAGCACCUGCGUAAAAAACUCAACUUGGACUCAAUCGGACUAAAUGUGAAAGCCGAAGCAGGACCUGAACCUUCGGGACCUCCACCUCCUCCUCCCCCUCCAGCUCUGCCACAGAACCUUUCAGGACCACCACCUCCCCCUCCUCCACCGCCUCUUCCAGGCUUGCCAAUACCACCACCACCUCCUCUCCCUUUGCCAGGCCACACUGGAGGGCCACCUCCACCACCUCCACCACCUCCUCCUCCAGGGGGUGGGCCACCGCCCCCUCCUCCACUACCUCCCCCUCCUGGCAUACCUGGAGGUGGUCCACCUCCCCCUCCACCUCCUCCAGGCUGCGGACCUCCACCUCCUCCAGGCUGCGGACCUCCACCUCCUCCCUCAAUGGGGGGGUUUGGCCCGAAAGUUGAGACUGCCCCGAGGAAACCUGCCAUUGAGCCUGCCUGUCCCAUGAAGCCUCUGUAUUGGACCAGGAUUCAAAUACAGGAAAACACCAACACCACUCUCUGGGGUUCUCUAAAAGAGCCUGACAUCGUCAACACUAACGAGUUUGAGGAUCUUUUCUCCAAGACCACAGUCAAGCAGAAGAAGAAGCCCUUGUCAGACACCUAUGAAAAGAAAACCAAAGCCAAGAAGAUCAUUAAGCUGCUUGAUGGGAAGCGUUCUCAAGCAGUUGGCAUCCUCAUAUCGAGCCUCCAUCUGGAAAUGAAGGACAUUCAGCAAGCUGUUCUUAAUGUGGACAACUCUGUGGUGGAUUUGGAGACCAUUGAAGCUCUGUAUGAAAAUAGGGCCACCAGUGAUGAGAUUGACAGGAUCCUAAAACAUUAUGAGACUUCCAAAGAAGAUGAAGUGAAACUUCUGGACAAACCUGAACAGUUUCUUUACGAGCUCUCCCAGAUUCCUGACUUUGCAGGCAGAGCUCACUCCAUGAUCUUCCAGUCAGUAUUCCUCGAUACCAUCUCCUCCUUACGUAGCAAGGUGGAAAUUAUCUCCAACGUCUGCAAAGACAUCCUUCAUUGCGACAGUCUGCGGGAUGUGAUGGGUCUCGUUCUGGCAUUUGGGAACUAUAUGAAUGGAGGGAACAGGACAAGAGGUCAGGCUGAUGGCUUUGGGCUGGAGAUCCUCCCGAAGCUAAAAGAUGUCAAGAGCAGGGACAAUCACAUCAAUCUUGUGGAUUAUGUGGUUUUAUACUACUUGCGAAACUUUGAUAAACAUGCCGGUACAGAAAAGAGUGUGUUUCCUCUGCCUGACCCUCAAGAAUUUUUCCAGGCCGCACAGGUGAAGUUUGACGACCUUACCAAAGACAUCAGGAAACUGAAGCGGGAUCUAACUGCUUGUGAGAAGAAUGUGGAGAACGUCUGCACUAACUCAUCAGAGGAACACCUGCAGCCCUUUAAGCAGAAGAUGGAGGCAUUUUUUUCAACUGCUCAAAAGGAGCAUUCUGCUGAAGAGGACCGGCUCAAUGGCGCUCAGAAAAGUUUCCAGCACGUGGUGAAUUAUUUUGGUAUAAAGCCAAAGGCUGGUGACAAAGAAGUCACCCCAAAUUUCAUCUUCAUGCUCUGGUACGAGUUCUGCAACGACUUCAAGAACUCCUGGAUACGACAAAGCAAAACCAUCUCCAAGGAGAGGCUGAAGGAAGCUCAAGAAAACAUCAAGAAAAUCACAGCAGAAAAAAGAGUGGAAACCAAAAAGAUUAAUGCCAACAGUCUGAAAGAGAGGUUACGGCAGAAGGAAGCCAACGUGCCGUCCACCUGAAGGAAAUGAUGAGUGGCAAAGACAGAAGAAGAAAGAUUGCAGACCCUCCACCCCAUCCUUUACACGCCUUCCUACCUCCAUGUUGAGCUUUUUUUUUCUUUUCUUUUUUUUUUGCUCAACUCCUGCAGUGGGUAUCCACAGGCAGCACCGGUGAAGUGAUGGGACUCUUGGAAGCCAAAGGUUGACCUCAUUCAUCCGGCAUGCCACGACCUCUGAUUGCCCAGCUUGGGGUAGGUCUCUGGGGUUCACUGGGAUUCUCAGCAAGCUCCACAAGCUUCCUCCUGGAUCUACAGAAGCUGGGGAUUGUCACUUUUCUAAAUUUCACCUGACAGCUUACAGGAGAAACUGAAAAUGCUCUGACAAAUUCACAGUUUUUAAGCCCCUGGCGGUGUUGUAGGAACACAUGCUGCUUCCUGUCUCUUGUCUUCUUAGAGGAAAAUCCCUGUUGACAAAACAGAUCUUUCAUUCUCAGAGCAGGAAGUUAGCAGCGUCUUUUGCAGUAUGUAAUGUCUUUGCUUCACUCCGCCUCAUUAAAAAAAAGAAAAAAAAACGUUUGCCAGCGCGUCAUGUUGUACGAUCUGCAGGGACCGUGCAUAUUUUUGAGCAAUACGAUGAACGAUCUACAUUUUUUGGGUGCACAGAUUGCCGUGUAGAAGUUGCGCACAAACGGUUUGCUUUUGUUGUGUGUUGCAUUGCACCAGACUGAGUUCCACCGGGUGAUGGCCAGAGGCGAACAACAGCUGGCAGCGAGUCUGGCGCAGAGCUUUGGCCUCCUAAAACAACACAAAUCCAUUAAAACACUAGAAGAACUCAACGUCACCUGGCUCUACGCUCACUUGUGACAUAAAAAAAGAAAUAAAUCUAUAUUUCACUGUGCUCUGCACAGUUUUACGCACUUUCCCGCUUGCAGUAGCUGUACGCUGUAGCACCACCCUCUGCUAUGAUGCCUGUGUGCAUUUUGUUCAGCCUGCUUGCACUCCUUUCUUUUGCACCUCUGUUACUAUGCAAAAACAUAGGAUUAUAAUUUUAAUGCCAUUAUGAAGUCAUGUUAGUAUAGAAGUUAUAUUUUAAAAAUUGAGUAUUAAAAAUUAGUUGUAUGUACAGAUAUCAUGUAACCUUUUGUCCGUAAAGCAAAGUUUAUUUAUGUAAAGAAAAACCAUUAUUUCAUGUAAAACAAAAGAAAACAUCAGAUUUAUUACUUUUUGCAGUUUGUCUUCUCAUUGUAACUUUGAGUUAAACGUUUCUUGACAAAUUAGAAAAAAUAUAUAUUUUCACUUGGA